GUAAAUGUCAUUUUGAAUUUGAAAACUCAACUGUAAAAAACGAUUGAACGUCCUACGGAGAGCAUCACUUUGAUAGUUGUUUUGCUGAAAAUGUUGUAAAAAGUGGCUGUAUUCAUAAGAGAAUCUCGGCAAAUUCAUUAUUUUUACUGACAUUAUUUUUACUGGCGAUACAUUGAUUGAAAAUCAUUUUUACAUCAUGAAAUCUUCAACCUUCCGGACGCCAGCUCGUUUGGUGCCAAAGACGCCAAUGAGUCGACAAAAUUCAGCGGACUCUGUGACCGAUCCGGUACAGGUAUAUUGUCGUGUUCGCCCGAUAAAUAAUCCAAAUGAAGCAUCAUGCGUUGAGGUCGUUUCGUCGAAGACAGUCAGUUUACGGCCACCAGAAAUGGCAGUCAAUUAUAAAACAAUGCGAGAAAUGCAGUAUACAUUUCAGCAUGUAUUCGGGCCACAUUCCACACAGCGUGAAUUGUAUGAACGCGUUGCACAGCCGUUGGUCGAAGCAUUGAUCAAAGGGAAGAAUGGUUUGUUGUUUACGUACGGGGUGACAUCCAGUGGUAAAACGUACACAAUGACAGGCAAUCAAGAGAAUCGUGGCAUCAUGCCACGCUGUUUGGAGUCAUUGUUCAAAACGAUUUCGGAUUUUCAAACCAAGAAGUAUGUCUUCAAGCCGGACCGAUUGAAUGGCUUCGAAAUUUUGUCCGAAGAGGAUGCAAUGCGUGAGCGGCAGAUUGAAAUGAAUGCUCGUUUCGGUAAGACACAACGGCGCAAAGAUUCUGAUCCCGAAAUUGCGUCGCAAGCAUCGGCUGAAACAUCGAUUUUGGCUGGCAUCGACGAGGACAACAUGUAUGCCGUGUUCGUGACCUAUGUUGAAGUGUACAAUAAUUCAGUGUAUGAUUUGCUAGAGGAGGGGCCCGAUCAGAAGACAUUACAAACGAAAAUUAUUCGUAAUGACAACUUGAAUGUAAUGUAUGUGCAUGGCGUGAAUGAAAUCGAGGUGAAAACAGUAAGCGAAGCAAUCGAUGCAUAUCACUUGGGACAGAAGCGUAAGCGUACCGGUCAUACACUCCUCAAUGCGGAAUCGAGUCGGAGUCAUUCUGUGUUUACGAUUCGCUUGGUCCAAGCACCAACCGAUAGCCGUGGCGAACAGUUGAUUCAAGAUCGUCGCAAAAUUACCAUCAGUCAAUUGUCGCUGGUCGAUUUGGCCGGCAGUGAACGUACCAAUCGCACGAACAACACUGGCGUUCGACUUCGUGAGGCUGGCAACAUCAACAACUCGCUGAUGACUCUGCGCAAAUGUCUGGAGACACUUCGUGAGAAUCAGUGCACAAAUUUGCAGAAAAAAGUUCCGUAUCGUGAUGCGAAAAUCACACACUUAUUCAAAAGCUAUUUUGAUGGCGAGGGUCAAGUUCGAAUGGUGGUUUGCAUUAAUCCACGUCGAGAGGAUUUCGAUGAAACGACGCAAGUGAUGAAGUUCGCCGAAAUGACACAAGAGGUGCAAGUGGCACGGCCAACACCAAUGAAAACCGACCUUGGAUACACUCCUGGUCGUCGCAAGGCGAAUCAAAUAUUCAAAAUGGCUAUACACAAUUUAGAGGAAAUGGGUCGUGCUGAUGCAAAGAAACUCGACGUUGACAUUGGUUUGGUAUACAGUCUUGGGCCAAAGUUCCCCGACUACCGUCUCAUUUCACCAGAAACGGACGAGAUUAUUGUCCAAUUGAUGCAACAUUUGGAUCAACGCAUUCAGAAACGGUCCACAUUAUUAGAUGAUUUCAGUGCCAGACAAAACCAACAUCGAAUGCAGUUGGUGCGCACAGAGCAAGAGAUCAAUACGCUUAGAAGCGAAAAUACUAAAUUGAAUGAAAUGCUGAAGUUGGAACGCAGUCGCACCGAAAUUCAUGAAAAGAAAAUCGGUUCGAUGGAAUUCAAAAUCGAAGAGCUGAAUCGUAAAUUGCGUGAACGUGAGAAUAUGAUCAAGGAUCUGCAAACACAAAACAAUCAGAAACAAUGCAACAUCAAAGAGAUGGAAAUGGAACAACAACGUCUCAAACAAAGGUAUCAAUCGCGAUAUGCCGUUGAGACCGAAAGAACCAAUCAAAAAUUGGCAAAAGAAUACAAGGAAAAAGAAGAUGCAUUGAAUGAUGAAAUUCGUUUGAAAAAUCGCAAGAUUCGUGAAAUCAAAAAAAUAGCUGAAGCUGAAAAUAUUGAAAAUGUCGCAGAGCCUGUAUUGAAAAUGAAAGAACGUUCGGUGAUUUCCAGUUGGAUUGCGUCGACGCCCAGAACCAACAAAUUUUCAGGCAUUGAAAGUGCCAUACCAAGAACACUUCGGGGUGUUCCUGUUGCAAAUGUUCGUCAUCGUCGCUCUCGGUCAACUGAUGAACGCUGGUUAGAGCAUCGAACACCGAAUCCAGUUCCACUUGGAACCAUUUUCCAGCCGUACUACAGAGCUCGCAAGUCAAUCACAAAAUUGACCGACGCCAAGGAUUUGAUUAAUGCAAAAUCGUCGAAAUACUGUUUGGUUGCACAGGGCGCGGAUACAGACGGCGAGGUUGAAACCCGAUUGUACAAAGGCAAUGUGAUUCCAACGUGCGGGGGCGGCGCACAGGUCGUCUUCAACGACGUCGAAUGUUUGAAACAAAGAUCGCCGGUUACAUCACCACGUCGUAAGCGUCCCAGCGUUGAAGAACCAACACAAAGCGCCAAUCCAGAAGAGAUCACAUCGCGCUGCAGCAUUGGCAUUCAAGGAAAGAAAACAAAGUAUUAAUUGAAACUACCUUCCACAUAACACGAUAUCGACUACUGGCAUAUUUGAAUAAUUUUAAACAUGAAUUUUAAUUUUUAGAUAAGCUCUCAUUAAAUAAAACGAAACGAUGCUGAUUAA